AUGAAUCAUUCUGCCCUAGAAAUUGGCUCCUGUGAUACCCAUGAAGAGAGAAAGCUCUAUGUUAUUGAUUCCUUAAAUGACUUAAACAAAGUGAACUUCUCUCCUGCUGGAUCCCAGCGUCUUUUUCUCAUUUGUUUUACAUUAGCUCAAGAAAAGAAGUUCAUAGGAGGUGCUCCUAACACAGGGAAUGGAAUCAGAAACCGAAGCUUGUUCUUUGUGGCUCUGAUUAUCGCUUUGAUCGUCAGCUUGACCCUCGUUUCUUUUGUGAUAGUCUUACUUCUUCAAACUGGAAGUAAGAUGGAUGAAGUGUCAAGAAGAUUAACAGCUGAAAGAAAGGAUAUCGAUGAGCUCAAGAAAAUAAACAGCAUGAUAUUAAAUCGUCUCAACCAAUUGGAUGCUAUUAAAAACUAA